AUGGCAACUCUAUACAAACUUGCGAAGGGAGAUUCAACUUCAAAAGAAGAUGAUGAUGCAAAGAAUGUGACAAAGUAUAAACAGCGCGUAUUGAUUCUGGCUUCACGUGGAAUUAAUCACAGACAGAGACAUCUUUUGAAUGAUCUUGCGGUGCUCACUCCACAUUUCAAAAAGGACUCUAAACUAGAUACCAAAUCAAACCUUGGAAUAUUAAAUGAAUUAUGCGAACUCAAUAAUUGCAAUAAUUGUAUAUUCUUUGAGAUACGAAGAAGAUCCGAUCUUUAUAUGUGGGCAUCGAAAGCACCCAAUGGACCAAGUGUCAAAUUUCAUGUACAAAAUGUACAUACAAUGGAUGAAUUGAAAAUGACAGGUAAUUGUUUAAAGGGGUCCAGACCGAUAUUAUCCUUUGACAAAAGUUUUGAUUCACAACCACACUGGCUAGUAAUAAAAGAGCUAUUUACUCAUAUCUUUGGUGUUCCAAAGGGUGCUCGCCGAUCAAAACCCUUUAUUGAUCAUGUAAUAUCGUUUACAAUAGCGGACGAUAGAAUAUGGUUUAGGAACUAUCAGAUAGUGGAGAAAAAUCCAACAGAUUCAAACCCUUUCAAGAAACUGGUGGUGGAUAAAGACAUGUCUCUCGUAGAAAUAGGACCACGAUUUGUAUUAAACGUUAUUCGUAUAUUCGAAGGAAGUUUCCGUGGGGCUACCGUGUAUGCCAACCCCGAGUUUGUAAGUCCGACGUUGAGCUACGUGAUUGACCUGAAAUUCUACCAUAUUCUAGGUCCGAAAAAAUAUGAGGAUGCAAAAGAAACGAGCAUCAAACAAAUAGCCAUGUAG